GAUAUCAUGUGACACAAUCUUAAAGUUGCUGAGUUGUUGGCAUUUCGGUAAUGUUUGUGUCGUAGACUUGAAUUACUAAUGGGCUUAUGUAAGUGUGAACGGAGACGGGUAACUAACCUGUUUUGCUUCGAGCACCGGGUCAAUGUGUGUGAGUUUUGUUUGGUGACAAAUCACCACAAGUGCAUUGUUAAAUCUUAUCUUCGGUGGAUAAAAGACAGUGAUUUUAACCCAUCAUGUAGCCUUUGUCACGAGCCUUUCGAAGCGGAUCCUUCCAAAAAAUGUAUCCGUUUGGUGUGCCUUGAUGUUUUCCACUGGAAUUGUCUCAAUGAUUAUGUGAUGAGCUUGCCACCAACAACAACCCCAGCGGGUUUUUUGUGCCCGUUGUGUGGCCAACCAAUCAUUCCUCAGGCUAAUCAUGGCGGUCCUGUCGCAGAAGCGCUCAGAUCAUGUUUAAGCGAAGUUGAUUGGGCCAAAGAAAGUUUGAACGAAAUAAGGCCUUUUUUCCAUCUGGAAGGUCAUCCGAAGUCCACGUCAACACCUAACAUGAAUAUUUGUGCAUCAAAUCCAACAGAUGGAAAGCUUUUCAAUUCAUGUCUAGAUGUAGCUGCAAGACAAUUCUUGAAAGGACAUGACGUUACAGAUAUAUUGGAGAGUCCUCAGAAGACAACAGGAUUCCAGAUAGACAAUUCUAAGGACACUAAUAUGUAUACUGAUAUUUCCCAGCUACAUUAUCAACGAAGAGAUCAGCCAUCGUUAAACUCCCAGAAGCUGUUCAUGCCUGAAAAUGAUGAUAAUGAUAAGUAUAAACGACAUCUAACAUUGACAUGGUUCAGACGUUUCCUCCGGAGGCAUUCAUCACACUUUACACGUUUAUCGGUUAUUCGACGAAAUCGUCUUAUUUUAUUAAUUAUGGGUUGUAUAAUAUGUAUCUUCCUACUGGGUUUUUAUGGUUCUCAACCGAAGGAUAUCACUGGUGAUCCAUUAUUAGAUCCUCAUAUGAAUCCAAAUAUUCAUUUUAAUCUGGAACCUAUAGCUUCAAUAAAAGAAGUCUUAAAUAAUAAUCUUAAUAAAGAUAGAAAUAGACGUGUUAUUGAUGGGUUGAAUGAAGCCUAAUUAUUCAGUAAGAUGGUAUUUUUUCUAAACACUAGCUUCCUUAUUGUGAUUCGAAUCAAUGUACGGUUUAGCUUAAUGUAACUAAUCAUUUUAUCUUCUAUUGUCCAGUUUAUAAUUUUUCUUAUUUCUUGUUAUUAAGAUCGUUAGACGUUUUUAAACUUUGAAUAGACGACUUACUAUUCAUCGUCUGUUUAGUUAGGUUCGAAUGUACAUGUUUGAUUGUCAGUCAAUCGUAUAUUCUGAUAUUUUUUUAUACUUUUCCUACUCACUCCUGAUUAUCAUUAAUGUAAUACUAUCUUUGUUUGACCUUAUUUUAAUGACUGUAUGCUGGUGAAUAGUGGUUAAUACUCCUUCCUUUAUGGUUUAAUAACACCCCGUAACUUAUUAUCUGAUAAGAACUGAUAUUCAGGUUUAUGCUUGUCUGUCCCUGAGUUUUUUCCUAGCGAAUAUAUAGUAUCCAACAUCCGUCUAGGUUUUGUAUUGGUAAUCUGAUCUGUACAAGGUAUUUUAAAAUAUUUAAAAGAUCACUACAUUUGUUUUAAAAUUUUCCUGGUUGCAGAUAUUAGAUUUUAAAAACUACCAACAACUGCGGAACUAAUAGCUUUUUAUGAAAUAAGACCGUAAGAAGAAAACGUUAGGAAUCGUAAAAACUAAUUGAUGAUGGGUGUUCCCAACGAACUGGAACUGUACUGCAGCCCUAAAAGAAACAAUUCAAGCAUGUGCAAUGGAGAAACAGUAGAUCAAUAUGACAGCCUCUAUAAUCAAGGGCAAAGUCAGUCAGCUGCAACGUAGGAGUGGGCACAUAUAUACAUCGGUCCAAGUUGCCACACCUCAUUAGCACAACAAGAUGAACACUGAAUUCAUAGAAGUAGUCACUUUAACGGUAGUAAUAUCCAGUCAGUCAGUAACAACGUAGAACUUCGUACGUACGUACUUCAGUUCGAGUUGCCACACCACCUUAGCACAGAGAUGCAGUUGUCGAUUCAAAUCCCGUAGUGGUAGAGGUAGCAAGAGUAUAAGCAGUAAUCGGGAAGAUUAGGGUUUGGAGAUGUUGUUUAAAGAGUAUAAUCCAGUGAAAUAAAUUUGGAAAGAGGAAAAAGAAAGGGACAUGAAGAAUUCAGAAGAUUAGAAUUUGGGAGAACACAAAGAGUGGAUGCACCUGCGCCACUGCAAACGAUCUUGAGCUAUGUCAUUCAGGGUCUCUAACCAUCGGUUGCUAUCAUCUCGCGGUCCCCAACCAGGUAGUCUACACCUACCAACAUGACCCAGUCCACUUGUCAGUCGCUUCAUAAACUUGUGCCAUGUUUUGGUCUGGCCGCCCCUAGCUUUCUUCCAACCUACUUCUAUACCACUGAACAACGCACAACGAGGCAGUCGGUCGUUGAGCAUACGUACCACGUGUCCCAGCCAUCUCAAGUGAUGAAGUUUCACUACUUCAUCAAUUGAUUUGCCAUCCUUACCUAGUACCCGUUUCCUAACAACUGUGUUACUUACUCGAUGGUCCCAUGAU